GAAAGCAUGAUGCGCUAGCACACACGCUGGAGUUGAAAUUCAUGCUUUGACUUUCGCAGUAUGGCGCUGUCCUGAACGUCGACGUGCCCCGGCAAGGUCGCAUUAGUCUUCUAGCAACUCACAUGAGGUCAUCAAAGCUGGGCUGGCAGAUGGUGGCGCGCUGGCACCUGGCGCUCUGUGCCACCAUCCUGCUUGCGGCAUGCGGUUGCGCGCAAGCCGCAAGCACCACCAAGCGGCCCAACAUCGUCCUCAUCAUGACAGAUGACCAGGACUACAUGCUCAACUCCACACACCCCUACUACAUGCCGCAGCUUCACCGCCUGGUGCGGCGCAGAGGCCUGGAGGUGCAACAUUUCAUCACGCCGGUGGCCAGCUGCUGCCCCGCCCGCACUGCCUUCCUGACUGGAAGGCACUGCCACAACACAAACAUGACAUCCAAUGCGUGGCCUCUAGGCGGCUACGUCAAGUUCAUGCGAGAUCAGCUGGACACAAACUACUUACCCGUGUGGCUGCAGGCCGCCGGCUACAACACUUACCUGGUGGGAAAGCUGCUCAACGGCUUCACACAGGACGCGGCCGCCAAGUUGGGCUGCCCACGUGGCUGGACCAGCCUGGACCCGCUUGCCAAGGGCGACGCCGGACCCAGCGAGGAACUGACGGCCAAGGGCAGCCCCACCUUCUUGCGCCGCUGCGACCCCAAGCAGCUGCAGGUGUACCCGGGUGCCAAUGAGGACGUCAUCAUCCGAGAAAAGACCCUGGAGUACAUCGAUGAGGCGGCCACCGCCGGCGCGCCGUUCUUCCUCUUCGUUCCCACCUUUGCGCCUCAUGACCAAUACUCGGGGGGUAGCGCCGCACUGCCUGAGGUGGAGCCCAAGUACCGCGGCCUGUUCAGCCAGGUGCCGCUGUUCAAGAGCCCCAACUUCGCACGCUCGGUGCCAAAGCAGAUUGGCUACUACUGGGCCUCGGGUGUGACUGAGCAGGUGGCAGCGAUCAGGACCCGCUACCGUGCACGGCUAGAGUCGCUGCGCACCGUGGAUGACACCAUUGCCGCGGUGGUGAGCCGGCUGGCGUGCCGCGGCCUCCUCGAGGACACAGUCAUCAUGUUCACAUCCGAUAACGGAUUCAAGCUGGGCAACCACAACAUCGCGCAGGAGAAGUUCACGCAGUACGAGGAGGACGUCCGAGUGCCCAUGCUCAUGGCGGGGCCCGGCAUCCCGCGCGGCGCCGCCACCGGGCCCGAGCUGCAGGCCUCGCUCACCGACCUCACCGCCACCAUCCUGGCGCUUGCGGGGGCCAGCACGGGCGCCACGGAGAUUGACGGCGCAGCACUGCCCCUCGCCGACCUGCUGGCUCGAGCCGGCAAGCCCGGGGCAGCGGCGGCAGCGGUUGGCUCCGGAGCCGUGCCGCCGGACAGCGAUUUGUCGUACUACUGCACACCGCCGCCGCCACCCGACCCACCGAUGCCACCCGCGCCGCCGUUGCCGCCAGUGGGCUCGGGCAAGCCCACACCCGCACAGCAAAGCGGCGGCGACCGGCGGCGGUCAGCGCGAAGUCGCAGUAUUAUGGCAAGCGCCGCAACGCUUCCCGCUGUCGAGGAGAACAUGAAUGGGCACGAGAACGCUCAGGCGGAGGCCGGCGGAGCUGCUGCGAUGGACGGCGGUGCGCUGGCUGGCUGGCAGAGGCCGGCGGGCUGGGCGUGGCACCAUGAGAUGUGGAUCCAGGACCACGCCGUGGGUCUGGGGCUGACGCAGUGGCUGCAAGAGCGGCGUUCCAACCUGACCGGCGGCCCAGCCCUUCACCACAACCAGCACCAGCAUCGUCAGCCGCAAGGUUUGCAGGCAGUGCCGGGCCAUCGGGCAGUGCAGGACCAGGUCCAGGGGCUGUGGGGCGACCUGCCGCCUGUGGAUCCGGCGCGGCUGUUGGAGUACUCGCUGGAAAGAGUGAGAGCGGCCCUUCGGGAGCUGGAGGCGGAGCAGCAGCAGCAGGCGGAACAGGCGGCCGGAGCGCAGCAAGCAUACAGCAGGGCAGCAGAGAACACGGCAGUGCGGGACGACGAAGAGGAAGGUGCAGCUGCCGAGGGGGAGGGGGAGGAGAGUGAGGAGGUGGCUUUGGAGGAGCAGGCAGUAAUGGCGGGUGCUCGGCGCCGGGUCGUGCAGCAGCGGCAACCGCCGCCGAGCCGGCUCGAUCGACCGAGUAAGGGCAAAGGCGGCAUGCCACGGUCACCGCCACAGCCUCCACCCCAGCCGCCAUCACCUCGGCCGUCACCGUCGCCGCUCACGCCUUCUGCGGCGCCUGUGACCAUGCCCAGUCUUGGGGAAUGGAGCAAUGUGGCGCUGAUCGAGUCUUGGCUGGAUGGCGUGUUCAAGGGCAAGUACUACCGCACUCUGCGCAUCUGCGCUGACUUCCUGGCCUUUGGGCCGCCCGCGGACGGCGGCGCCUGGACCUGCUACAAGUACACCAAGCUGUGCAACCCGGUGAAGAAGCAGGCGGCGAUGCCGACCCAGAUCGAGUUGUAUGACCUGGGACAGGACCCCGCGGAGGUUCGGGACAGGUCUCGGCCGCCUUACAGCGCCAUGACUCAGCGCCUGCUAGUGCGGCUGGAUGCCGUACUCACGGUAAUGUCGUACUGCAGCGGCGCCACGUGCAGGCAACCUUUCACGCGCAUCCAUCCCGACGGCGCCGUCUUGAACCUGACCGCCGCCAUGGACGCCAGAUACGACAGCUUGUACGACCGCUUCAAGCCCCUGACGUACAAGAAAUGCGCAAUUUACUACGACCCCAGGAAUGAGGACCCGGACCCCUACCUAGCCGGGCUGGGCAGCACCAGCAGCAGCUAGCCCCAGGACGCGGCCCCGGGUGGGGCACCGUACAAGCUGCAGAAGGAGGGCUUGGGGCGGACACGGGUUAUCUACGUUAAGCAGGGUGCGUAUAGCACUUUUACCUGCGGCGCUGAUAUGGCUUUGGAAUAACUGCAUCAUGCUCAUGGUGGAAAAAGUGUGGGCUGGUGCAAGGCGGUUGGAGUGAAGUGAUUGUGCGGCUGGAACGUGCAAGGGGGGGGUGGAUUAAGUUGUGGGGUUCUGAAGUUACUGAGUUACGGAGGCGGGGUGGGACUGGGCACGCAGGGAGUCAAAGCGUUGGCGGAGAGUGCUGAGGACAUGGCACCCCUGGUACGUGCCUGGUAGGAAGGCGAAAAUGCGGGGCGAAGAGGAGGAUAAUGUAUGCAUGUGGCUGUCGUGGCUCUGCGUGGUGAGCCUGGGCUAGCGAGCAGUGGAAGCGGUGUCGCUGGAGGCAGUCGGAGGUCGUCAAAGGCGUCAUUCAAUUAGGUAAUUUUGAGCCAUCCUUAGCCAGGGGGAUGGGGUCCACCUUCUUUGGUGCGAAGUUCGCAGAGUUCUGUCCGUUUCUUGGUUGCAACCGACAACUGACAGAAGGUUCGACGGACAAUCCUGACCCCAAUGCGAUUGCUGUAAGCUUAAAGAAAG